CUGGUGUGAUCUACUAUGGUCUAUGAGUUCUGUUCGACAGACGACAGUGCAUGGACGCCAACCAGUAAACAUCAGAAGAAGACAGCAUCAACGGCUUCGAUUCGAUUUUUGUAUAGUUUUGUCAAGGGAUAUUAUAUAAAAAUGUUCAAAUCGACUAAACGUAUAAAUAGAGCUGGCUUGAAAAAGCGAGCAAAAGAUGACGAUUCCGAGAGUAGCGAUGGUGAGACGGUGAUCGUCAAGAAAGAAAAAAAGGAGGAUCAUUUAAAUCCAUUGAGACAACGUACAAAUAACAAGAGGCAAAAAAAGGUUUUGGAUAAUGAUGACAGCAGUAGUGAAGGAGAUUCAGUUACAGUGUCCUAUAAAAGCAAAAGAAUGGCUUUGCCCGAGGGGCCAAGCGAUCAAGGUGCCACUUCAAUUCUACAAAUCGAAACAGAGGAGGAUAGAGAUGCUCAAGCAAUCUUUGAAAAAGCUCAAAAAAUAAAUGCCGAGCUAAAAGGAAAAGAAGAUGAUAAAAUAUAUAGGGGCAUGAACAAUUAUGCUCAAUAUUUUGAGAAAAAAGAUACAGUAGCUGGUAACGCAUCCAGUGGUAUGGUGCGCAAGGGACCCAUUCGAGCACCUGCAAAUUUGAGGGCUACAGUAAGAUGGGACUACCAGCCAGAUAUUUGUAAAGAUUACAAAGAGACUGGAUUCUGUGGAUUUGGUGACAGUUGUAAGUAUCUUCACGAUCGUUCCGAUUACAAACAUGGAUGGCAAUUAGAAGCAGAGGCUGGUGCAGAUGCCAGUGGUGAUGAAGAUGAUAAAAAAUAUGAAAUUGACAGUGACGAAGAAACUUUGCCAUUCAAGUGUUUCAUAUGCAGAGAGAGCUUUACUGAUCCUGUGGUUACAAAGUGCAAGCAUUAUUUCUGUGAAAAAUGUGCUCUGCAACAAUACAAAAAGAGUGCCAGGUGUUUUAUUUGCAAUGUAAAUACUUACGGUGUAUUUAAUCCGGCAAAAGAGUUAAUUAAAAGAAUCAAACAAUCGAAACAUGAUGAAUGCGAUUCUCACAAAGAAGAUGAAAGUGAAGACGAUGAUUAAACUGUGAAUAUGGUGUAUAAUUGUAAAAUUUAGGGUCUGUAAAUAUUUGUAAGAUUGUACUAAUAAAAUCUUUAUUUUGUUUUA